CGCGAGGGAUUACGACAGCAGGACGCCGCUUCACGUGGCGUCGCUCCACGGUUGGAUCGACGUCGCCAAGUGUUUGCUCGAGUUUGGGGCCGAUGUCAAUGCUCAGGAUCGGUGGAAGAACACGCCACUAGCUGAUGCAGAAGGGGCUAAGAAGCAUAGUAUGAUCGAGUUGUUAAAAUCAUAUGGUGGAUUGUCUUUUGGUCAAAACGGAAGCCAUUUUGAGCCAAAGCCUGUACUGCCUCCUCUUCCUAAUAAAUGUGACUGGGAGAUUGACCCAUCUGAGUUAGAUCUCUCAACUGCAUUUAUUGUUGGAAAGGGUUCAUUUGGUGAGAUUUUAAGGGCCUCAUGGCGUGGGACACCAGUAGCAGUCAAACGCAUUCUUCCAUCUUUAUCAGAGGAUAAAUUGGUGGUGCACGAGGUCAAUAUGUUGGUGAAGUUGAGACAUCCCAAUAUUGUCCAAUUCCUUGGAGCAGUAACAGAAAGGAAACCUCUCAUGCUAAUUACAGAAUUUCUACGUGGGGGUGACCUUCAUCAGUACCUGAAGGAGAAGGGUUCACUAAGCCCCUCAACAGCUGUCAAUUUCGCACUGGACAUUGCGAGGGGUAUGGCAUAUCUUCACAGUGAGCCAAAUGUUAUAAUUCAUCGUGAUCUAAAGCCAAGGAAUAUCCUUUUGGUGAACGCCAAUGCUGAUCAUCUAAAGGUCGGAGAUUUUGGAUUAAGCAAGCUCAUCAAAGUCCAGAAUUCCCAUGACGUAUAUAAAAUGACUGGAGAAACUGGAAGUUAUAGGUAUAUGGCACCCGAAGUAUUCAAGCAUAGAAAAUAUGACAAGAAAGUUGACGUUUUCUCAUUCUCCAUGAUCUUGUAUGAGAUGCUUGAAGGAGACCCUCCAUUAGUUAAUUAUGAAGCUUAUGAGGCUGCUAAGUAUGUCUCUCAGGGGCAUCGUCCAAUUUUUCGUGCAAAAGGAUAUCUUCCUGAACUAAGAGAGUUGACGGAGCAAUGUUGGGCUGCUGAUGUGAACCAGAGGCCUUCUUUCAUUGAGAUUCUCAAGAAGCUCGAGAAAAUCAAGGAGAACUUGUCACCAGAUCACCACUGGCACCUUUUUACUCAGUAGGAAGGCAAAUCCCUUAAGUUAAAAUUUCUCUGCUUCACGAACUACAACGGACGAUUUUAUACUUGGACAUCCUUGAUUCGAGUAGCAGUUUAUUUAUGCUAAUCAGAAAGUUGGAAGCUGAAGAUAUGAUCCUUCACUUAUUUAUAUGUAGUGGUAAGUUUGCUGUUGAUUGUAGUGAUUCAUUGAUCAAACAAUUACUAUUCCUCAAUAAUCAGUAUAGCAAAAAAUAGUUAUAUGUUGAUCAAAGAUCGCUGACC